UAUAAAAUAAUUAUUCUACUAUAUUGAAAAGUACAACCAACCGACACUCAGCGUACAGUCUAAAAGUGUUUAUUGUUGUGAUAGGUUCUCAAAUUGUGUGUUAGGUAUGUAAUUGUAUAAAACUUGGGUAUUUAUUACCGGAACUUUACACUACAAAUGACUGUUUGUAAUUAAUAUUUCUUUUUUAUUUUUAGCUUAAGCUUAGUUUUUUUUUAAGUCAAAACUUGCUUAAUGUAAUGGUAUCUAGUUAUAUUAUGAUGAAUUUAGAAUAAUAAUAUACAAACCCUUUAAGAUCGGGAUAGCCUAAUGAUUGACCAGAAAAAAAUCAAGGUACUUAAGUAGGUAAUCAAUUAUCAUAUUUAUACCAAACAGGACCUUGAAGUCAAGGGUUAACACAAUAGUUUUAUUAAGUUUUCUCAAUAAUAGGUUAUGUAAUUUAAAUUACUAUUUAAAAUAAAAUAUUUAAAAUAUACUAUUUAAAAAACAAAACACGAAAGCAACUAAUUACAGAACAAAGAAAACAAUAACCAAAAUAUCCCCGACAAAGAAUCCUUAAAAAAAAGAUAAUAAAUUCAGAUAAUUCCGUAGGAUCAGUCAAGGCGAAAUGCUAAAUCAUAACGCAAUUCCGAUAAAGCGAAGAUAAAGGCAUUGUUUUGUUAUGCACCCUAUCUAUUUAAAAUAUAAAUACGUAUAGUAUCUGCUUAGUUACUUUAAUACUGUCGCUAUCUUAAACUUUGCCGUAGAUUAUCAACAAGAACAAAUGAGUAUUGAAUGUAUAAAUUAAAUGUGAGUUAGUCCAGUCGCGUGUAUAACACGCAUGGACCUCGUCCCCGCGAGCGGACAUGGAGCCCGAACAGAAUAAUAACAACUGCAGUGAUAGUGAAAAAGUGGUAGGCGAAAAUAAUGUUAAUAAAAAUGAUCAAAAUGGUAGUCCUAAAAUUCGACGACACUCCAGUGUUUCUUCAGACAGUAGCAGUGCCACAGAUAAGAAAUCCCGAAUUUCGAAUUUGUACGUUAAACUAAAAAGCAACAUAACAAUGAUUUUUAGCUUCUUCAAAAUAUGGAAUUCUGACUAAUGCAAACAAAUAUCCUUUUUAAAAAAAUCAUCUGGGGACAAUUUAAAAUGAGUGUUAUUAAAAGGAAAUUAUGUAAUAUAUAUAUUAAUUUAAUAGAGAUGAAUAUUGCAUUUCAAUAUUCAUCUCCAACAUUACUAUUUUUUUCUAUUCUGGUUUUAGAGUUACGUAAAUUUUAUGGGCUAAAAAUCGCACAGCCGCAUUAUCUUUAAGCGUCUGGAAAAUCACGUCAACAAAAUGUUAGAGCAACAUUAUCAAAAUCUUAUUCAUGAUAACAGAUUUCGCUCAAGCAGUCUAGCGAGGCGAGUUAAGAAUAAAAAGAACAAGAGUCCCGCAUUGGAAGAAACACCCAAAACUGCGGACAACUACGACAAAGCCAUCGUUCCCGUCACAGAAAAGAAGAGCCCUGUAAAAGCACGCAAACAUUGGACCACGAUAGUAAGCGUUGUCCUGGUGGAAGCUAAGAGUCUGCCAGUUCCACCAUCUGAUGGCUCAUCUCACAAGCUUUACUGUAAAUUGAGGUUGGGAUCAGAAACGUUAAAGUCCAAGCUUGUGCCGAACACAUCACAGCCAGAAUGGAAGGAAAGGUUCCAAAUGCGUUUGCACAAAGACAAUUUGCUGAAGUUAUCACUGUGGGACAAAGGGAAGCAGAAGAAUUUUAUGGGCAGCACAGUCUUAGAUCUCACCCACGUGGAUCGUGACCGAACUCACGAAGUCUGGCAGCAACUCGACGACGGCUUUGGCACUGUGCACUUUUCAGUGACACUGUGCAACGUGAGGGACCAAUCUACGACUGAGCCGGAAGAAACGCAAUUCAAUGAAGGUGUUAUACGCGCGAAACAUGAGAUAAACAGCUUGAAAAGCGAUUGGAAACUGGUAGGUCAAUUGUAUGUCAAAGUCCUCGGAGCCAGAGGACUCAGUGGGAAACCCAACGCAUACUGUACGCUGGAACUGGACAAUGAAAGAGUGCAGACUCACACCGCGGGCGCCAGCUCAGAACCUGUCUGGAAUAAAAGCUACGUAUUCAAUGUUUACGAUGUCACGUCCACCCUGGAUCUGAAAGUAUACGACAGUUCUUUGGUUAUGGCUCUCAGAAACGAGUCUUUGGGAAGAGUCUCUAUACCUCUAUUGAAAAUCCAGAAUGGAGAACCUUCUUGGUUUGCGUUGAAGGAUCGGACCAAACGUCACAGCGCCCGCGGAAACUGUCCGAGAGUUCAGCUGGAGAUGACAAUGUUUUGGAAUCCAGUGAAAGCCACCGUCAGACUAUUCCAACCUCAGGAAGUGAAAUAUUUAAAGAAGCCUCCUAAGUUCGAUGUUCCUCUAGUCUACAGUAACAUGGAAUUCAUCAGAGACACAUUCAACACCCUAUUCGAAAUAAAUGAACAAUACAAGCGUUUAUUUGAAUGGGAAAACAGAGAGUUGUCUUUCACGGUACUUCUUGGUUGGCUGGUUUUCUGGUACUACUUUAGAAUGUGGGCGACACCCUUGUUAUUGUUACUACCUUUCUUCUACUUCUGGAUUAUUCAAACGCAGCAAACUGAAUGGCAGUUAACACGCACUGUCAACGUUGUCGAAGAUAGCCUCGAUCAAAACGACGAUGAUAAGAGCGAGAAGCGCUGGUCGAAGCGGUUUAUGGGACUUCAGGAGAUGACACUUACCAUCACAGGGGGUGUCGAGUACUCAGUCUCCUUAGUCGAAAGAAUAGUUAAUUUGGCGAGUUUCAAAGUACCAUUCCUGAGUUACCUAACGAUGAUUCUUCUCAUCCUAUCAGCGCUUGGAUUUUAUUUUAUACCUUUCAAUUACAUGAUGAUGGCGUUUGGCAUCUACAAGUUCACGAGGAAAUAUCUAAAUCCAAACAGGCUGUUAAACAACGAUAUAUUAGAUUUCAUUACGCGAGUGCCUGACAAUGAGAUACUGAAAGAUUGGAAGGAACUGAACGUACCCGAACCUUCAGUGAAGCGACAGCUAAAUUCAGUAUCCGAUAGUUCUUAAACUCACAUAAUUUCAUCCAUUUCGUGUAGUCGAUAAAAAUAUACCUACUCAUAGUAUCAUAUAACAUAUUAAUUUAUUUUAAGCGUUUAGAUAGUUUCUAUACCUAACUAGUACUUACUAUAGUAAGAUUUAUUUAUAUAGAAGUCAUAGUAAAAUUAUAAGAUAUCUAAUUAUGUUUUUAUAUCUUUUUAAUAAAUAUUUAGC